AUGAGAUACAACAAGUCUAUCCCACAACUGCGGAUUCUCCAGGUCAAUGUGGCCUGGAGCCCAUCCCCUCAUGAAGCAGCCCUCCAAAUAGCCUUUGAACAAGAUUACCAUGCCAUUCUUGUUCAAGAGCCAUGGAUCUCCAAUAUCCGCACACGCCGCCUCUCCAAGCAUAGCCCAGCUUUCCAGCUUUUUACACCAACAGAAGACUGGACACACAGGCCACGCACCCUCAUAUAUAUCCGCAAACACCCACAACUCAAAGCAGAGCUCAUAACACAUGGCCCCCAACCCAACUGGGACUUGACAGCAGUCCAGAUGCUGGGGAGGGGCUGA